GAGCCUUUCGUGACUGUUCCAACAUUGUCGUCCAUGGUUCAGGGCCUUAGUCUUGAGUCAGCUCCUAGGCCUCCUUCAGCAGUUUGUUCAGGCCGAGGCAUUGCAGGGAGAGGAAUGGGUGACAUGAGCAUGAAGCCCAAUAUAGAUGUCCUGGGACCGCAGAUGUUUGCAGGCUUGAGAGCAGGACUAGCUGGAGACAGCAAGGUGGAACAGGUGUUUUCUGGCCGUGGCAAGUAUGUGGAAAGUGAAAAGCCAUUUUUGGGGCUUGACAAAAGAAACAUCUUGGGGCGUGGCCGAGCCUACACAAGCCCCUUCACUUCGCCUGUGGAAGGUCUUCCAGCACCAUCAAUCAAAUCUAGUCCUGCUGUAAUUUCGGAUGAGCUUGUGGAUAAAAAAGAACCGCUUAAGAAGCAAGGGUCAAAAGGAGUAGCAAUUCCUUUGGCAUUGAAUCUGAUUCAAAUACACUGUAAAAAUGAAGCUGUGUAUCAGUACCAUGUGACAUUCAGCCCAAACAUGGAAUGUAAAAGCGUGCGUCUUAGGAUGCUGAAGGAGCAUCAGUCGGUGAUAGGAGACAUUUCCGCAUUUGAUGGCUUUCUUCUCUAUUUGCCCAUCAAGUUGCCUCAAAAUAUUAACCUGAAGUGUGUAAGAAAGACAGAUGGAAUGGAAGUCAAUUUAAAGAUACAGAUGACCAAAAUUCUGGAACCAAGUUCAGAGUUGUGUAUCCCGUUUUACAACGUUAUUUUCAGAAAAGUGAUGAAGAUUUUAGAUAUGAAACUUGUUGGGAGAAAUUUCUAUGAUCCUACCAGUGCUACUGUUCUUCAGCAGUACAGUUUGCAAAUAUGGCCUGGCUAUGCAACCAGUAUCCGAAAGACAGAUGGUGGCCUGUUUUUGUUGGUUGAUGCUGUUCAUAAGGUUAUUCGGAAUGAUUCAGUCCUGAAUUUGAUGCAUAGAAUUUAUCAACAGAGUCGGGAAAAUUUCCAAGACGAAUGUACAAAGCAACUUAUUGGCAACAUCAUAAUUACCCGUUACAAUAAUAAAAAUUACCGAAUUGAUGACAUUGAUUGGAACAAGACACCACAGAACAGUUUCACCAUGUCAGAUGGGAAGGAAAUCACUUUUCUAGAGUAUUACAGUAAAAAUUAUGGGAUCACCAUUAGAGAACUUGACCAGCCACUGUUGAUUUACCGAGUUGAAAAAAGAAAAAAUCCUCCAGAAAAGCUUCAGGAAGGUGAAAUCCUGUUAGUGCCAGAACUUUCCUUCUUGACAGGCAUUCCUGAGAAGAUGAGAAAAGAUUUUAGAAUUAUGAAGGACCUUACGCAGAAAGUCAACAUGAGUCCUGAACAGCAUCAUGCCUCUUUGCUCCAACUCCUGAGCAGAAUUGAGAAGAAUGAGAAUGCCCAUAAGGAAUUGUCCCGGUGGGGGCUUUUCUUGCAUGGAGAUGUGUAUAGGACCACAGGACGCGUCCUUCCCAUGGAAAGAAUAAAUUUGAAGAAGUCCUCCUUCAAUACCUCGGAAGACCUAAACUGGACUAAAGAAAUCAGCAGAGACUCCUGCAUUUCUGCAGUUCCAAUUCAUUUCUGGGCACUAUUUUACCCAAAGCGGGCAAUGGAACAAGCGCACGAACUAGUCAGCAUACUGCAAAAAAUCUCAGGAGCACUUGAAAUCUCAUUAGCGGCACCUAUUUGGAAAGAAUUGAAAGAUGACCGAAUAGAGACAUAUGCCAGAGCUAUCAAAUCAUUGCUAAGUAGCGAGGGAUCAAUACAAUUAGUCGUUUGCAUUAUCACAGGAAAUAAAGAUGAUUUGUACAGGGCCAUUAAAAGGCUGUGCAACGUACAUAAUCCGGUUCCUUCCCAGGUUAUUAAUGUUCGAACCAUUACAACACAGUAUACUAAACUUAGAAGUAUAGCCCAGAAGAUUCUGUUGCAAAUUAAUUGCAAGUUAGGUGGAGAGCUGUGGGGUGUGGACAUUCCAUUGAAACAGCUGAUGGUAAUUGGCAUAGACGUGUAUCAUGAUCCCAGCAGGGGGAAGCGCUCAGUUGUGGGCUUUGUGGCAAGUAUCAAUCCAAUUGUGACACAAUGGUAUUCCAGGGUUUUAUUCCAGACGCCUCAUCAAGAAAUAAUAGACAGCCUAAAAGUCUGUUUAGUAGCUGCUUUGCAGAAAUUCUAUGAGGUCAACCAUCAUCUCCCGGAGAAGAUCGUGAUUUAUAGAGAUGGAGUUUCAGAUGGCCAGCUGAAAAUAGUAGAAAGCUAUGAAAUUCCACAGCUGGAGAAAUGCUUUGAAGCUUUUAAUAAUUACAACCCUAAAAUGGUGGUGUUUGUGGUUCAGAAACAAAUCAGCACCAACAUCUAUUCAUCAGUUGGUCAACAACUUUCAGCUCCUCCUCCAGGGACAGUAUUAGACCAUACAGCCACCUCUCGAGACUGGGUGGACUUUUACUUGAUAGCCCACUACUCGCCACAAGGUUGCGGCAUUCCUACUCACUACGUCUGUGUGAGGAAUACAGCCAAUCUGACUCCUGAUCACAUGCAGAGGCUGACUUUCAAACUUUGCCACCUCUACUGGAAUUGGCCAGGAACUAUCCGAGUGCCCGCCCCGUGCAAAUACGCGCAUAAGCUGGCUUUUCUCUCAGGGCACGUUCUCCACCACGAACCAUCAAUUGAGCUGUGUGACAAACUCUUCUUCCUGUAGCUUCUGCAGUGGGCUGCCUUCCAAGAGAGAGCAGGAACUGAGAAUCGCCCUGUUCCAGCCCUUCCCAGUUUCACCACCCACAUCAACUGGAGACUCUGUUUUAUA